UAAACCCAUUCAUUACUAUCGUCCUCCAUUACCGUCGGCUCACCUAAAAACCAAACCACUCGCUAAAUCUCCGCCGUUUGAUCUGAUCUCUCUCUACAUCUCUUUUUUUCUCUUUCUUUCUACUGUCACAAUGAAAACCAGUCCAAUCGCUUACGACCUGUACGAAUACAUCACUUCAACGGAGUCGGAUCCGCCCCGGGUAUUGCCGGAGCCCGAUGUUUGUAUUCUCACAUCUGACGGACUAAGAAUCCCGGCGCAUUCUAGCAUUCUGGCUUCGGUGUCGGCUGUAUUUGAGAGUAUAAUUGAGCAGCCACGUAAGAACCGGAGCUCCGAAAGAGUCAUUCGGAUCCUCGGCGUUCCUGGAGACGCCGUCGUUUCGUUUGUUCGCUUCCUCUACUCGUCGAGGUGCGAGGAGGAGCAGCUGGAGUUAUAUGGAAUUCAUUUGCUGGCUUUGUCGCACGUUUACCUGGUGCCACAGCUGAAACAGAAAUGCGCUAAGAACUUGGGUCAACGGUUGACCAGUGAGAAUGUGGUGGACGUCCUCCAAUUGGCUAAGCUCUGCGACUCACCGGAUCUUUACCUCAAGUGCAUGAAACUCGUAUCCACUCAUUUCAAGGCUGUUGAAGCCACCGAAGGCUGGAAAUUCCUUCAAGACCACGAUCCGUUUCUCGAACUCGACAUCUUGCAAUUCAUUGACGAGGACGAAAAGAGGAAGAAGAAGUCAAGAAAGCAUAGGGAAACACAAAGCUUGUAUUUACAGCUAAGCGAGGCUAUGGAGUGUUUACAGCACAUAUGUACAGAAGGGUGCACAAGCGUUGGGCCACAUGACAUGGUGCCCGGGAAGAAGAAAGGCCCGUGUAGCAAAUUCUCCACGUGCCAAGGUCUCCAGCAAUUGAUCAAUCACUUUGCCACGUGUAAGAAAAGGGUCAAUGAAGGCUGCUUGCGUUGCAAAAGGAUGUGGCAGCUUCUGAGGCUUCACUCUUCGAUUUGUGAACAUUCCGAUUCAUGCAGAGUUCCUCUUUGCAGGCAAUUCAAGUUGAAAAUGCUCCAAGAGAAAAGGAGAGAUGAUUUAAGAUGGAAGCUACUAGUGAAAAAGGUGGUGUCGGCCAAAACCAUAUCCUCUUUGUCCUUAACCACAAGGAGGAAAGAAGCGGAUCAAAGAGAGAAAUUGGGCUUGAGGGGCUACAGGUUGUGUAAUGAGAGUAGUCAGUAGUCAUAGUAGAAGUACUGAGUAGUGAGAACUGUGUUUUUUCUUUUUUAGAGUGUGAAAAGAGUGAUUUUCAAGUUCACUUAUUGUAAAGGGAAGUUUUUCUUUUAGGUAAUCCAUAUAGUGUGGUUCUAAAAUAUGAAUCACUUGUAUGAGUAAAAGAGAAAAAGUAAGAAAAUCCCAUUAGGCGAAGAGGGUUGCCUUGGUCUGUGUUUUGGUAAAGAAAGGCACCUAUAUGGGGUUAAAUUACUUGUAAUUUUGAGUCAUUAGUUUUAUAUGUAUGUACAUAUUGGUUGUUGUUAAAUAAAUACACAUCUUUUAAUAUAA